UCACCGUCUGGACUCCAUUAGUGUUGCAGCUGAGGGGGAAGCAGCUAGUGACAGCCCGGAAAAGUGGCCGGACUCCCCCUCCCUGUCCCCCGCUCCCCUUUACCUCCCCAAGGGGGAUCCAGCACCUGAAUACACAGGCCGUACACGCAGCCAUCCCGCCGGCUCCCUCCUCGCCCCACCGGCCACCAACCACGGCCGCUCUCGGCGAGGAAACUCUGGCCUCCGCUUCCUCCUCCUCCGACUCGGACACCGGCGGAGCGUCCCCUCCCCCGCGGAAGAAACUCCGAGCCGAGGAGGUGGCAGGAGAGCCCGGGGCUUCGGCAGAGUUCGCAGGCCUCUCGGCAGUCGGGUCCGUGGUACUAAAUAGAUCCUUAAGUGUAAGUGGUAGUUCCAGUAACAUGCAAGCAAACGGGGCGGCGGCGGCAGCGGGCAGCGGACAGGAGCCGGCAGCCGGAGGAGGCUCUCCCUGUCAGACGGCCCAAAACGGAGAGUCCUCUUCCGCUGAUAUGUCCCACUCCAAUGGGCUGCUCACGGGCAGCCUCAACAACAGCAACAACCUGGCUAUUAACAACAACGGCCUGCCCGGUACCGCUGCCUCUUCCAGCGCCGAGCAGCAGGGCCUCAAGAAGAAGAAGAGGCUGUCACAAGCCGACGAAGACGUGAUCCGACUCAUAGGGCAGCAUCUGCACGGCCUGGGACUAAACCAGACAGUUGAUCUCCUCAUGCAAGAAUCAGGAUGUCGUUUAGAGCAUCCUUCUGCUACCAAAUUUCGUAAUCAUGUCAUGGAAGGGGAAUGGGACAAGGCGGAGAAUGAUCUAAAUGAGCUGAAGUCUUUAGUGCACUCUCCACAUGCUGUUAUGGCGUGCCGCCCACCCUCUGGUGUAUCCAGUAAUGAGCAUUCCUCUGUUCCCUGUGCAACAGCAGAUGUUAUACGGAGAAUGAAGUUCUUGCUGCUCCAACAGAAGUACCUAGAAUACUUGGAGGACGGCAAAGUCCUGGAAGCACUUCAAGUCUUACGCUGUGAACUGACACCGUUAAAAUAUAAUACUGAGCGGAUCCAUGUCCUCAGUGGGUAUUUGAUGUGUAGUCAUGCUGAAGAUCUACGUGCAAAGGCAGAAUGGGAAGGGAAAGGAACAGCUUCACGCUCCAAACUUUUGGAUAAACUGCAGACAUACUUACCACCAUCAGUCAUGCUGCCUCCAAGACGUUUGCAAACUCUAUUGCGACAAGCAGUGGAACUUCAGCGGGAUCGAUGUCUCUACCACAAUACCAAACUUGACAAUAGCCUGGAUUCAGUCUCCCUGCUUAUAGAUCAUGUUUGUAGUAGGAAGCAGUUUCCAUGUUUCACACAGCAGGUGCUUACAGAGCAUUGCAAUGAAGUUUGGUUCUGUAAAUUUUCCAAUGAUGGCACUAAAUUAGCAACAGGAUCAAAAGACACAACUGUUAUUGUAUGGCAGGUUGAUCCAGACACACACCAGCUUAAAUUACUUAAGACACUAGAAGGUCAUGCCUAUGGUGUUUCGUACCUUGCCUGGAGUCCAGAUGACAACUAUCUUGUAGCAUGUGGUCCCGAUGACUGCUCGGAGCUGUGGCUGUGGAACGUACAAACUGGGGAAUUGAGGACAAAAAUGAGCCAGUCUCAUGAAGACAGUUUAACAAGUGUGGCCUGGAAUCCAGAUGGAAAGCGCUUUGUAACAGGAGGUCAAAGGGGGCAGUUUUACCAGUGUGACUUAGAUGGCAAUCUGCUGGACUCCUGGGAGGGUGUAAGAGUGCAAUGUUUAUGGUGUCUAAAUGAUGGCAAGACGGUUCUCGCUUCAGACACACAUCAACGAAUUCGGGGCUAUAACUUUGAGGACCUUACAGAUAGAAACAUAGUGCAAGAAGAUCAUCCGAUAAUGUCCUUCACAAUAUCAAGAAAUGGAAGAUUAGCUUUGUUAAAUGUAGCAACUCAGGGUGUUCAUUUAUGGGACUUGCAAGAUAGGGUUUUAGUGCGAAAGUAUCAAGGUGUGACGCAAGGCUUUUACACAAUACACUCGUGCUUUGGAGGUCACAAUGAAGACUUCAUCGCUAGUGGCAGUGAAGACCAUAAAGUGUAUGUUUGGCACAAACGCAGUGAAUUACCCAUAGCAGAGUUAACAGGACACACACGCACCGUAAACUGUGUGAGUUGGAACCCGCAGAUUCCCUCACUGAUGGCCAGUGCUUCUGAUGAUGGUACUGUUAGAAUAUGGGGACCAGCACCUUAUGUAGACAACCAAGAGUUUGAAGAGGAAUGCAGUAGAAUGGAUAGUUGAUGGCGAAGGUGGUGCAGACGACUUCUCUAACUUAAAAUUAGUCGUAUUUUUAAAUGGCUUGGGAUUGGUGCAAACAAACAAGAUAGCUGGACAGACGUUCAUCAUGAGGAGAAUAAAAAUGGAAAAAAAACAUUCAAGUCAGAUGCCCUCGCUGGGCAAAACAUUUACCACCCUGCUUCAUAGUACCCAGCUCAGAUGAAGCACGUUGUUAGAAUGUUGUUGGACACCGUGUUUCCCCCCAUCGAUUGUGAAGAACUGUGCUAUAUUCAGGCUAUCCAUUGAACUCAGUAUAUUUUCCCUUCUGCCCUUUUGUCUGGCAGGCUACCAUCCUUGUUGCUCUUCUGUGUAAUGAAGUUAAAAUGCUUGUUUGGAAAAAAAACUUAUUUAACAGUUUAGAAGGCUUAAUAGAGUGCUUUAGUCUGAGUACCUUUAAUAGGAAAGUACUUCCUUCUCUCGUUUUCAAGAAUUCUCUCCGCCUUAUUUAGCUUGAGAUCUUUCCAGCUUGGUUCAUGGAUAGUAGCCGUACCAUUUUUUUUCCCACAGUGAUGACAGCAGAUCUGGCUCCAAAACAGUGAACAAUGUUAAAGUCAACAGAAAUAUCACAUUUGACAAUACGAAUUUUGUACUUUUCAAAAGAUAAACAACAUAAGUGUGUUAUCCCCCUGUAAUGGGUUAACAGCACAAUUUUUUUAAAUAAAUUAAGUAUUUAUAGGACUAUAUUGGACUUCAUUUGUAUAAGUUUAAAACUUAAACCAGCUAUUGUAUCUACUAUUUAGACACACCACAAGAGAUGGUUGAUUUAUAAACAGCACACAUUGCAGACAAAAAAUGUAAGCGCGGAAAUGGGGAUUUUGUUUUUCCAUUUGAUUUAUUGUUAGGCUACUGUAGCAGUCAGUUUAUGCAAAUGAUGAAAUGGCAUUAAUGUGAGGUCUCACACACCAAAGUAAGCAACGCAGCUAUUCAACCUGCAAGGAUUCACACGCAUUUUUUUUUUUCUGGUGACAAUUGAGUGAUCAAGCAAGUGUGGUGUUCUAUAACCUGUAUUGAGAUAUUGAUAGUCUUGAAUGUCCUUAUGUUGCCCCAUAUUGUUUUUCUCUUAUAGAAGGGCACCAGACUUGUAUAACUUUUGUCCCCUGCCGUAAUGAUAUAAUUCAGCUCUAAAGCCAGAAUAUGAGUCUUGGACAGUUCCAUUCAGUUUUUAAAUAUCUAUAGAUUCAUAUUUUAUGAGGAUAAAAAGUACCUUGUUUUGUGUAGGGAAUACAUGAUCUGUAAAUGACUUCACAAAUUCUAUUUUUUCCCAACAAACUGGCAUUUUAUUUUAUUAACAGAGCACUUAAUUGAAAAAAAGUUUUUAAUAUUUUUUAUUUUUUUUUAAAACAAUGAAUCUGGAAGAAAAGCAGCUUAACUUUUUGUUCUGAUAAUGGCAUAGUUAAUAGUUUAUGAACGUUUUCCUGCUUUAAAGUGUCAUAGCAAUUUAAUGCAUUGUCUCCAGUCCACUUGAUUACAAUGUAUAGAUAUUUCCCAAGAUAUGCAAGUUAAUGCUUUGCACGUUUUUUGGUACUAUCUCAUUUUUUCCACCAGGGAGAGAAGUUAAGCAAUACUACUCCUGCGCACAUGGCUUUUCUCCCAUGGCAACCACGCCAGAAGCUCAUCCCCAGCUUUUAUUUUAAAUUAGCUUCAAACAACCCCUAUUUUGUUUGCGGGCGGAUCACAUAACUGCAUUAUAUGGGCUCCAUGUGAAUAUAUAAACAUAAUGCACCACUUUCAUGUCCCUUUAACGUUUUUUGCCAGGUGAACAAUAGAUUUGUUGAAAAUUGUUGUUUGACCUAUCGUGAAGUAUCGCCACAUAGUGGAAAUAACAAGAAAUUACUCUGUCACUACAGAGAAUUAUUUUGGUUUUUAUUGACUAGAAUAUGUUUUAAGUGAAAGGUAGAAAUUGCAGUCUGUUGUGGGCACAUAGGAGUAAGUAUAAAAAUAUUGAAAAAGAUUAUCAGUUUAUUUUCCUAUAUAUUCUGCUUACACAGACUGUUGGAGGUAGGGACACCAGAUUUUUUUUUUAUUUUUUAUUUUUCUUGUUUAAAGUAGAAGGAAUUCAAGAGGUCUUUCUGUUGUAUUUUUUAAUGAAGCACUGAACAGGAAUCUUAAAUUGGCUAUGCACCUACAAAGGAUUUUUGAUCUACAGAAUAAAAUUGUCAUUCCGUUUGUGCCAAAAGUUCUCUUGCAGCAUGGUGUAAAAGACCAUAAGCAGAUAUGCUUAUUUCUUUCUAAUGUCAGUUUCUAUUUAACUUCACGUCUAAUCUAUGCAAUACCAAAGGUAGCUUAGGUAUGACUGCUCUUCUUACCAAGCUCUUGGGUAUGGGCCCUUUCCAAAGGUUUGCAAAGCAGGAAAAUGCUAUGCAGUACAUAUUGUGAUUGCCCAGGCUGCUUACAGUAGCUUCAUACAUUUUAAAGCUGGCGGGGGACUAAAAAAGUACAAAAUAGCCUUAAAAGAUAAGCUACUUGGAUAUUUUUUUUUAUAUACUAUUUUAUGUAGGGUAAUGUUCUUCUUGACUUUUUUUUUUUAAAUAAAUUGCUGAAAAAAUGGGAGCAACAGUAAGCAAUUUGGUAUUUAUAAACCUGGUCUCCUAGCAUAAGGGCAGUAACACAUUAAUAUUGUAAGAUAUUACAUAAACAUAACCUAUUUGCUGUAAGAGCAUAUGGCCUAUAAGCAUAUAGAUGGCGACCUACUGUUCAGGUAAGUUGUUUACAAGACAACUCCCAGAGUGUUUUCAUUUUAAGAUAUUUAUGUCUUUGCCUAAACUUGAAUUGUUCAUCAAAAAAAACGGAAUAUUUUAUUUGCCUUAAACCGGGUUAUUUAUGGCUCAUUGACUGAUCACAUAAAUUUUACCUUACUGUUUUUCUUCCUGAAUUUCUCCAUACUUUGCAAAAUUCUCCUAAUCCUUUUUACCUAGCCAACACUGAACCAUGCAUUUGUUUACCAUUUGUAUUACAUGUAGAUUCACGGCAUUACAAAAUAGUAAGUGUGAAAUUCAAAUUAUGCCCAAAAUAACUUGCUUAUUAAAAUAAUGCAAUAAUUAAUUUACUGGCUAAGGAUGAGAUUUGCAUUAAAUAUAUUUUUGCUGAAUAUUACUCAGUACUUAUUUGUUCUUUUUCACUGUCAAAUCUUAACAUCAACUAUGUCCUUUGUUAUCCAAACAUUGUCUUUAUUUGAAACAUUAAAGUAAUGUCGGGUUAUUUGAUCUCUAUGAAAAGCUUAUGUAUAAUUUAUCUACAGAGCAAAUGGCCAUUUACCAUCAUUAAACAUACAUUUAUUUCAUGGUCUCCCAGCUUUAGCUGUACCCACUGACAUUUUUAAUCAAAGAUGUCAUAAAUUCACAUUUCUCUAAAAUUACUUUUAGAGCUAUAUUUAUCGCAACACCACCCUUUUGAACUUGCCAAUAUUUCCUUACCAAGUUUUUUUGUUUUUGUUCUUAUUCCCAAUGCUCUCCUGACCACUGCAACUGAUGAUUAGUGCUUCAACGAUACAUUAAUAUAUAUGUUGCAAAAAAACAUCAAAACAUCCCCCCACACCAUAGUUAUAAAAAGUUAAUCCAUAUCAGACAAUUACAUUUUAAAGAGGUAGUAUGUAAUAUCUAAUAAAAAAUGGGGAAAAAAUUAGAAUGGUAUUCUAAGCUACUGUUAAAUGGAUUCUGGACAGUGCUAGUUAAGAUCUCAGUACUAUUCAGCCUUAAUUUAUUAAAACUAUUUCAGUUUUACCUAUCACUUUGUUUGGCACAAGGUUGCCAUAUUAACUUGCCAAAAAAAACAAACCAGGGCCUGCUCUAUCCCACAAAAUUCCGAUUCAGUGACAUGAGCAGUCAGUACUAUGUAUGUGCAAUAUAAGAAGCAAUCGUAGAACACCUUCUUUAGGCACGUUGUGUUUCUGAGCCAUGUUUCAUGUGUCCACAGUGACUCCAAUAUAUUUUUAUAAGCUUAGAUUUACACGUGACAUCUUUUAUCUACUACUUUUUUUUUUCUAAUGUGUGGAUUAAUCUUCAAAAUAAAAUGUUUAAUACUGAGGAACAGAUGCAAAAAUGUUAGACAUCUUCAAAAAAAAAAAAAAGUGGAAAAUGACAAUAAAUCCAUAAAGCAUGUAUGUAUGUUACGAACCAAGCUGUAGGGAUCAAGAAAAGAACUUUAUUGAUCUCAAGAUUUUAAAAUUGUCCAGAUUUGUAUGGAGUUGUGGUGGAACUAGUUAACACUUAGAGAUUUUGGUAUGUAAUGACUAUUUGCUAUGGACUGAUAUUAAAUGUUUCAAAAAGAUUGCGUUCUUACAUUUUCUGGACUUCAUUUUUUUUCCAGAUUAUAUUAUUCAGUUCGAUUUUCUUUGUAUUAUCACAUUAAAAUAUACGUAUGGGUCUCCAAUAUUUAUUUUCACUGUUUUUACUAAUUAUUUAGGGGAACACCCUUUUAUGUUUGUUUUUUCGUUUUUUCUUUUUGUUUGUUUUUUUUUUAGUCAAUUUUUUAGUUUUCUUUUAAUAGGAUUUUUUUAAGAACACCUUUUACUUGUCAGUGCACUGCACUAUACAAAAUUGUUUGUACUCCCUUUCUUUUAAGUCAAUAAACAGAAUGAAUAACUGGA